AUGUCGUCGCCCAGGGGGCUGCCCGCCCCUUCGCCGCUCGCUCAUGCCCGACAUCAGACGAGGAUGCUCGCCUUCGAGCCCGUAAGGCCCCCGCCGCCUCCACCCCCGCAGCGCUCCUCGGUGGCCUCCGUGCGGCCGUGCGCGACGAGUCUCACCACUCGUGCAUGUGCCUUCUUCCGCGUCGCCGCGUGGUGCGUUGCUGAUUGCGUGCGCGGGCGUGUUGCAGGGGACGCGGAGAACGCGGGCGUGGACGCAGCAGCAGCCGCAGAGGACGCGAGAUCGGUGUUCCCCGACGAGAUGAUCCCGGAGCCCGAGCUGUGCCGCGGGGGCGCUGCCGGCGCCGCCGACCUGGACCGCCGGAACCGGCGCAACCACCACGGCCCCGGCCCCGCCGCGCCGCCCACGGCGCCGCCCCUGCCGCCGCCCCCGCCCUUCAGCCCCGAGGGCCUCAUCCUGCCCCGCAAGCUGCACAACCCGUGCCUCGAGUCCAACGACCACAAGAACCUGCACCGCGAGCUGCUCUUCAACCAGAAAAAUGUUUUAAACCAAAAAUCAGAACUUCAGAAAGCCUUUGGAAAACAUAAGGAGCAACAAGUACGCAAGGAAUUAGAGCAACAGCGGCAGAAUUCCAAGAGUGAUUUUGAGAGAAUGGUUGAAGAAAGAGCUCGUCGAAUGGAUCUGUUGGAGAAAGAACGAUCAGAAGAUUCUGACAAAUGUUCUCAGGGAGAAUCAGAGUUUUUAAAGGUUCAUGCAAAAAUGCGUGCUCGCAUGGACUCAAAGUGAUGGCUUAUUGUGAGAGACUGUAUUCCCUUGCCUGUUGUGGGCAGCAGUAAAUGCUCUUUAGACUUUGUGUUCAGGGACCACAUAACCACUGUCUUCUGGAACAACUUUCUUCCCAGUUUGUGUGUCCUAUAAUAGUGGACAAGCAUCUGUGUCUUAAAGACUGCAGUUAUUUCUAUUCUGUGUAUUAUGUGUAUGUAAUAAUUACUUUUGUCAGUGCCAGCUACUUUAGUUUAUAAUGUAAAAACAAUCUAUUUCAUAUUAAUGAUCUGUAUUUUCAAUAAUUGCAAAGAAACAAUGAAUGGUGAGAUAUCUUUAAGAAUCCUUAUAAGUUUUGUAUUUACAAUGAUAGUUUCUUGAUUUAAGAACCUUAUAUUGUGUUCCUGAAUAAUUUUAUGAAUUAUUGUCUUUUGAGUUGUUGUUCAGAUAUUUUCUGUGCACAAUUUUCUAUUGUUGUUUGUAAUGUAUGUGCAAUUUGACCAAGAUGCCACUUGCAUAGAAUUUUGACGAUUUCUUGUAGUUACUGAACCAUUGCUGACUUGCAUUAUUCAUUAUUAUUUUGCCAGUCUACUUACUCAUAUUUUGAAUUCAGCAUCUUUAAAAAAAAUUGUUUAGUUUACAUGGUGUAAUGUCCAUUGAAGUUUCAAGAAGAAAUAUACAUUACUACUACUAAUAUAAAUAAUGCAAAAUUCAGUACAUAUAAUUGAAAGUUCAUGUAAGUGGUAGCCCAGUCAACUAACAGAUGGAUUUCUGUAAAAAAUAUUUUGGGAUUUCAUUUUAUUAUUGGACCAAACCAACAAAUUCUAGGAGCUUUUUGCUACAAAAAUAUUGUGUGUAGUCAGACCUGUGAUAUUUCUUGUAGUUUCCUCUAAUGGAGAAAGCACUUUGUAUGUAUUUUUCAGGGAAUAUGCAGGUAUAACUAAUGUUAAUAAAGAAAACUGUAUUCUUACUGUUGAAAGAAUGCAUUGAUGGUAAAUAAAAAAAAUUCAACCACAAUGUUGUUUUUCCAAUGCAACAAAUGAUUAAUGAUGGAUAAAACAGUGUAAUAUUUAUCAGGAUCACUAAUAAAAUGUAAAGCAUCUAUUUUUGUUACAGUAGGCUGACUUUCUCAUUGCAGUGGUUAGAUUUAAUCUUGUUUUCUAAAAAUUCUUAUUUAGUACUAUAUACUUUAUACAAAACAUUUUGAGUGAAAAUGCAAGAGUUUUAUGUCAUUGAAAAUAUCACCUCGUAAUCUAUAUGAAAUGUCAGUACAAAUAAAAUAAAAAGAGAAAAAAAAGACAGACCUGCAAGUUUUAAAUUUUGUUUGAUUAUACAAGUCUUGUGACUAACAAUGUUAAUUAUGUUGUACAUUAAUGUUAUAAGUUUGUUUCACUUUAAAAUGCUUUAUGUCAAACUCACCAUCCUAGUAGUAACCCAUGCUAGCUUGUAGCAGUGGUAAAAAGUUAAAAGAUGAUUUAAAAACAGAGUAAAGUCUAGUAGAUUGUAAAUAAUAUUGAUAUGAGUGCAUCUGGUAUCGGUAUAAAUAAACUGUAAAUGCUCCAUUGUAUAUUUAGAUGUGUUACACCAAUAGGCCUUCAAGCAUUUGUAACCAUUAAUAACUGUAAUUUUUAUGAGGCACUGAAAACUAUUAUUCUUCAGUUGAGAAAUUAUUUAUUUGUCCAGGUUUGUUCAGUUAAUUAUUUACAAUUCUGUACCAUUACCAUUAAUAUAGCACUUUUAUUUUAAUGUAAUGGAGAAUUCGAAAUUUCUAAUAUUAUAUGGACAUUCACGAAAUUUAACUUGCAGUUUAUUGAAAUUAAUUAAUGUUUAUUUGCUUUAUAAAGAUAACUGAAAUGUUGAGUUAUGAGUUAUGAGAGAUAAAUGUAAAUUAUUGUUCCAGUGCCCAGAAUAAGAUUGCAGAACUGUCAAUUUCAAAUAAAUAUUAUAGAUGAUUAAAAUGAAUUUUAUUUGUUAAAAUUCCUCUUUUCUUUGCAACUUCUGUUUCUUGUGUAAAUCAUUUUAAAUACUAGUACAAAGUACAAGUGUAUGUAAAUUUACUAAUUUGUCAGCUGAACAAGUGGCAUAUAUGUAUUCUAGAAAAUUUUAGGUGUGUUCUUGAUGCUUUAAUUGAGCCUUGGGGUUAUGUGUGGUAGCAUUCUAAUGUGAGUGAACAGAAGGGGCUGUCUAUGCCUCAGCAUGUGCAUGCACUGCUUUGGCAACUCUUUCUACCUAUACAAAAUUCUUACACAGAGGGGAAAAUCCUUUGACAUGGAGGUUCAGAUGCCAGCAAACUGAAUUGAAAAUAUUUUGCAAAUAUAAACAGCUUUAUGCAUUGAAUGGUUUAAACUAGACUAUUAGAAUUAAACAACGCAGAUUCAAGAAUAAAAAGAAUAAUCAUUUAGAACUGCAGCAAGAACCAUGAGUGGUUUCAUCACUAUUAUUUCCACACUCUAGAAUAACAACUGCUUUGUAUGCAAUGGCUGUCUUGAGAUUAAA